AUGUUAAGUACGAUGAAAACUGUUGUUCAUUAUCGGAGAGUACCAAGUUUUCAUUGGAUAAUCAUUGUGUUUCUUGUCGGAAUGAACGCAUUCUUAAUGCUUGGAGAUCAUUCAGUGAUCGAAGCGAAGAGAAGAUCUAUGGAUGAUUUGAUAUUUCCGAAAGACUUUAGAUUUGGCGUUGCUACAGCAGCCUACCAAAUUGAAGGAGCAUACAAUGAGGAUGGAAGAGGAAUGAGUAUUUGGGAUAUAUGGAGUCACAUUCCUGGUAAAAUUUAUAUGAAUCAAACUGGUGACGUUGCUGAUGAUCAUUAUCAUAAAGUUAAAGAGGACGUGGAGUUGAUGAAGUAUUUAGGUGUGAAAAAUUAUCGAAUGAGUAUCAGUUGGUCACGAUUAAUUCCAACAGGUCUCAUUAAAGAUGGUAUUAAUCAAAAAGGAAUUGAUCACUACGAUAAAGAAAUUAACACGUUGGUGAAUGCAGGAAUUAAUGUUGCAGUCACACUUUAUCACUGGGAUUUGCCUCAACAUUUACAAGAUCUAUAUGGAGGAUGGCUUAACUCCAAGGAAGUGGUCGAGGCCUUUAAAGAUUAUGCAGAUUUAUGUUUUGCAAAAUUUGGAGAUCGUGUCAAGGACUGGAUCACUUUCAAUGAACCAUUUGUGACAUCCGUACUAGGUUAUGGCAAUGAAGGCUUGGCUCCUGGUAGUUCAAACUCCUCCACAGCCCCUUAUUUGGCAACACAUUCCCAAUUAUUAUCACAUGCUGUUGCUGUUAAAGUGUAUCGUGACAAGUAUCAGAAACAUCAAAAUGGAAGAAUUGGUAUUGCAUUGAAUUCAAAUUUUUUUUAUCCAUUAACCAAUACUCAGGCGGACUAUGAUGCAUGUGAGAGAGCUCUCCAGUUUGGAUUUGGUUGGUUUGCUGACCCAGUUUUCUUUGGGGACUAUCCUCAAGUAAUGAAGGACUUUGUGGAAGGAGGCAGAUUACCCCAAUUCACACCCGAACAAAAGAAGUUACUGAAAGGAUCGGUUGAUUUUAUUGGUCUUAAUCACUAUACGAGCAACUAUAUUGGAAAUAGAGACACACCUCUUCCGCCAGUUUAUCAAAGAACUUUCAAUGAUGAUCAGAGAACCAUUGGUUCAAGCUACAAGAAUGGAGUCCCUAUUGGUCCUAUGGCAGAUUCUGAUUGGCUCUAUGUCUAUGCUCCUGGAAUUCGUUCCAUUUUGAAUUGGAUUCAACACAGAUAUCAGCCCAAGAUGAUUUAUGUGACAGAAAAUGGAGUUGAUGUUCCAAAUGAAAGUGAAAUGCCCAUUCCACAAGCAUUGAAUGACACGUUCAGACAAAAUUAUAUUCAUGAUUAUUUGGCUGAAGUUUCCAAGGCAGUCAUGCAAGAUGGAGUGAAUGUGAAAGCAUAUUAUGUUUGGAGUCUCAUGGACAACUUUGAAUGGGCCAAUGGAUACAGAUGUCGUUUUGGCAUUGUGUACGUCGAUUACAAGAGUCCUAAUCUUGAUCGUCACAUUAAGAACUCGGCCAAAUAUUACAGUCAAAUCAUCAGACCCUAUAAUUAA